AAGGGCUCCUGUAGCCGCGGAAGAGGGAGGGGUUGAGUGACCGCCAUGGGGCUGGAUGCGCCUGUUCCUCAGGGACUUGUGCUGGUGGCGAUCUGGUUCCUGUGGGCCGUGCCGUUUCAACUCCUGGCCCAGUUCCUGACGGACCAUUUUGACCUCGUCUCGGUCGCCGAUGGCUGGACAAAGGGCUGGCUGGCGCCACCAGAGCACUGGUGGGGCGUGACCCAAAGUACAAGGGUGGUGACGACGGUCUCGGAUGUACUGGUGACGGUGGUCAUGUUUGCCAUGGCGUGGUUUUAUCAGAGGGCGGUGACAUCAAAGCGUGGCACUGCCAACGAUCUCGGCUUCAGCCGACCGCUGCUCGAGCUUCCCGGUGAGGGUUGCUCCAGCGCGAACAGCGACAGGCACCUGUGUUGCCUCUACUUCUGGGCGAGCGCAGUGACACCCAUCCGAGUUGCCGACAACUUCCGGGCAGCGAAUGUGCUGUCCUUUUGGACUCCCCUCUGGGUGUACCUGCUGUCGCGCGUCGCAGCGCUGGCCAUCGGCCUGGUGCCCGGCAUGCUGGGGGGCAUCCCCUCGCUGAGCACUCAGCUGGCCCAGGGCCUCUUCUUCGCCCUCAGGAGGCCACAGCUGAUCCAGAGCGUGGAAGAGAUGCAGAGCAGCCUCGGAGAGGAGAGCCACUUGGAGGACCGGAGCCAAGACGUGGGGCGGAACCUGGUGACCUACAGCUUCCUCUGCUGCUGGAUGGCAGUGGCAGAUGCAGAGGUGGUGGACUCUGUGGAGAGGCUGCGGUUGGAGGGCUGCCAGGCGGUGGUGGGCAGACCUGUGCGCACCAAAGAGUGAGAGACAUAGGUGACCUGGUUUGGUUUGGAGAGAUA